AAUGAGAACAUAUUUUAAUUUUUGUGUUAAAACUGGUUUCUAUGGAGGGUUGAAGAAACCGACUAACGUGACACCCCUCACAGAAGACGAUGAGAAAAGAACAAAAUAGUAGGCAACGAAAGAACCUAAAAUACAAGAAAAACAUUUCCGUGACUCUCAGGUUUCAUCACAGCGUUAACUUUCAUUGGCCACUCUUUUCUAUAAUAGCAGGGUCAAUCCACCAAGAAAUCCUUGCAUCUCUCUCUCUCUCUUCUUUAUCAGUAUGAGUAAGAUGGAUAUGUCUCCAGGGGGAGACAUGCCUCUAAUGCCUAAUGGCACAAGCAAUAUGCAGCAUUACAUGAUGCAGAUGAGUUUCUACUGGGGCAAAGAUGCCACAGUGCUUUUCCAUGGUUGGCCUGGUAACAGUGUUGGCAUGUACAUCUUGGCCAUCAUAUUUGUGCUUUUGUUAGCCAUGGCUAUUGAGGUUUUAUCAAACCAACCACUCAUUAAACCAGGGACAAGUCCCCUUGUGGGAGCACUCAUGCAAGGUUUUGUUCAGUUUUUUCGCAUCAGCUUCGUUUACAUGGUGAUGCUUGCUGUCAUGUCAUUCAAUGGGGGAAUAUUCAUAGCUGCUGUGAUCGGCCACACCUCGGGGUUCUUCAUAGCCAAAUCUCGUGCUCUUGCUCUCGUCAAUAAGGAAGAAGACAAAGGGUCUUCCUCGGUUAGGAACAAUGUUUGAUCUUUUCUGUAAUAUGUGUUUAUCAACUGACAUGGUUUUGUCAAACCUUAUUUUUCCUAUUAUAUGCUUCCUUUGUUAAACUUCUUCUACUGUAUGUGUUUUCAUCACUUUCUAG